CUAGGUGAUGUUGGAAACUACUAUUAUGGCCAGGGACAUCCAAUGAAGCCACACAGGAUCCGGAUGACCCACAACCUACUGCUGAACUAUGGCCUGUACAGGAAGAUGGAAAUAUAUCGCCCUCACAAGGCAAAUGCAGAAGAAAUGACCAAGUACCACAGUGAUGACUACAUAAAAUUUCUGAGAUCUAUUCGCCCAGAUAACAUGUCUGAGUACAGCAAGCAGAUGCAAAGAUUUAAUGUUGGGGAAGACUGCCCUGUGUUUGAUGGGCUGUUUGAGUUCUGUCAGCUCUCUGCUGGAGGUUCAGUUGCCAGUGCUGUGAAGCUGAACAAGCAGCAGACAGACAUUGCAGUGAAUUGGGCAGGAGGCCUUCACCACGCUAAGAAGUCAGAGGCUUCUGGCUUCUGUUAUGUCAAUGAUAUCGUCUUGGCUAUCUUGGAGCUCUUAAAGUAUCACCAAAGAGUGUUGUACAUUGACAUUGAUAUCCACCACGGAGAUGGUGUGGAGGAAGCUUUUUAUACGACAGACCGUGUGAUGACUGUGUCCUUUCAUAAGUAUGGUGAAUACUUCCCAGGAACAGGGGACCUGCGGGUGAGAAUGAAGCCAAAAAAUUACCCUGGAAUUUGGUCUCUUCCGUGUUUGCUGUCAUACCAAUUUGACUAA